AUGUACAGAGAGACCCGUGGCGAAAGAGGAUUCGUGUUGUACUCUUCAGCCCGUUAUGGACGUAGUACCAUCAUCUUCAUCACCCACGCCGAUCUCAAAAACUCCAAAAACCACAAUCGUAAUCUAAUUGCAGCUUUGGACUUGCCACCAGCCAAGGAGUCGAUGAAUAGGCUCGCACCUGAGAUCCAGAUCAUUAUCUGCGAGUGCCUCCUCGAGAGCGCAACGAACUCCCUGAAGCAAUUUUCGAAUCCAGAGGGGCGAGAUGCUGCUAAAGACUUAGCGAGCUUUGAUGAGGAAGCUCAAACCCUCCUCAAUCUUUCACAAGCGAGCAAACACUGGCGCACGGUCAGUCAUCCGGCUCUUGAGCAGAUGGGUAACAUGAUUCUGCACUAUGGUCUUAAGCCUGCCCCAUGGCAGAUCGCAGAGGCCAGUGAUAAGAAAAAGAAACAGGAUUCCAGCCAACAACCCGGCAGCCAGGGAGUCCUCCGAACGGUCCAAUUCCCGAGAGACCAGCGACUCGCGAAGAACAAGCGCAUCUCGGUCCAUACAUCGACUCCCUCCUCAAAUUACCAUCACGUUAUCGAUCCUGGGCUUUAA